UCUGUCAAAAGUAGACGAUACAAUUUGGAAUUUGCUUUGCGAAAAUCUAUAUUUUAGAAAAAAAUGGCUAGCAAAGUGGAAAAUAAUUACAAAGUGAAUCCUGAAAAGGUCCGCCUAGAAACCGAUCAGGGUAUCGUGGAAAGUGAAGAAAGAAAAUGGGGAAUGCCUUUGAAAGAUGUGUACAAACACGGACUAGCGUUUUACAAAGAUAAGGAAGGCAAAGCUUUACACUUAAGCUAUGAAGAUAGAUUGAAACUGGUUGCAUACACCCAGCAAACAUCGCAUGGCCCUUUGGAUGUGAAUUCUGCUCCCCCAUUAGGAGUUUUAGAUGUUAUUGGACGAGAUAGGAGAGCAGCAUGGCAGGCAUUAGGACAAAUGUCUCAGGUUCAAGCAAUGGUUGGUUUUGUCCACACAUUAGACAGGCUGUGCCCUCUUUUCAAACCAUAUUUGGAGGCAAUUCAAAAGGAUAUGGAAGAGAAGAAAAUGCAAGAGAUGAAGAAGGAAGAAGAAGAGAAAGCACAUUUGGAGUUACAGAACAGAAUAAUGUUGGAGAAGCAGAAACAGCAAAGUAAUAAGCUUACAGAGGAGCAGCAAGUGCAAAGAAUAAAGGAUGCUCUCAAUGCGCAGACAUAUGAACAGUUCCUACAGUAUGCUCAGCAACAGUACCCUGGUAACUUUGACCAGCAGGCUAUCCUCAUUCGUCAGCUGCAGGACAAGCACUACCAGCAAUACAUACAGCAGUUGGCUGUAGAUCAGAGGCUCGCUAACUCUAACAUAAACGUGGCCGAAGACAAAGAGAAUGACAAUACUAAUAAUGUCAAGGAGAAGACUAAUGAGGAAUCUGAUACUGAUUGCAAUUUGAAUGAAGCUGAGUCAGCUCCACCUAUGGAUAAGUCAAUGCAGACUUUGGAGAAGACGGACAACAAUGAAUACAUCGAAGAGGUUAGGGUUGAAGACAAUACUGAUGAUGAUGAAGGUUACCUCAAUGUGGAGGAGGUUCGCAUGUGGACUCGAGGUGAUAUAGCGAAGUUCAAGAGCUCAGCUAAGCAGGGUGGUGGCAAGCUUACCGUCGGUCAUGGAGAGACUAUUACCGUACGAGUACCCACGCACCCUAAGGCCAGGUGCCUCUGCUGGGAAUUUGCUACUGAUAACUACGAUAUAGGUUUCGGAAUAUAUUUUGAGUGGACCAAGUCACCUACCACUGAGGUUACUGUGCACGUCGCCGAGAGUGAUGAAGACGACGAGGAAGACGCUGACGACGACGAAUAUCCUGUUGGAGAUGGUUCGUUCCACGAAUAUACUAUACAUGGCACCCGGGCUGACCUCGAGCUUGGUGGUGAAAAGCGUCCAGAAAAACCAUCCGUCGGAUCUACGCGCCCACUUACCAGUCUUGUAGUACCUGUAUACCGUCGGGAUUGUCACACUGAGGUGUACGCCGGAUCUCACACAUACCCCGGCGAAGGAGUAUACUUAUUAAAGUUCGACAACACUUACAGUUUAUGGCGAUCCAAAACCCUCUACUACAAAGUUUACUACACACAGUAAAUAUUUAUUUAAACUUAUAUUAGAGCCAUGACAGAGAAAUUAUAUCUAACAUUAUGUUUAAAAAUUAACACCCAAUAUAUUGCACAGCCAGUAUUUUUUGUUCCUGUGGGUAUAUUUAGCAAAAAGGGUUUUGUUAAAGGCGCGUUCAAGUAUUGAGAGAUAACAGUGCUUGUCGUUUCUCAUUGUAUUGAAAAUAUGCCUUCUCAGAAAUGUAAAAUGUAGACAAUUAUAGCAACAUCUAUGUAUGCUUGUGUAAUAGUGUCAUAAACAUGAGGACAUCAUUACUUACUGUGUCUUCUCCUAGGUCUCCUUGCGAGAAUGUCCACUGCUGAACAAAGUCCCUCCCCUUAAGAUAAGGGGGGAUUUACCGCAAUCCCUAUACUUGGCAGUUGGCUAGAUCUCUGGAAAAUUAAGGAAUGCUGCUGCCUGUCUCUUGAUGAUUGGUCACAUUUUGUAUAACAAACCCAGUGAUGCGUAAUACUCUUAAUAUUUGUGCGCUCUUUGCUACAUUUCAGUGCAAUAAUAUGAGCUUCUUAAGCCAAUUUAGCCGUACUAUUAAUUAUUAUUGACUAAGCUUUAUGUACACUACACAAUAAUAUGCUUUUAGUUGAAUUAAUACAAAAGCAGUAAUUUUUAGUUUAAUUGAUGUAUUCAAAUUAAUAUUGUGUAGUUAACUUGUCUAUUUCGUAAGUUAUGUACCACUUUAAUUUUAAGUAGUUUCCAAUUUGUCCAGUAAUUUAUGUUAGGUUGUGCAAGGUGCACAUUUUAUUUGCAUUUCAUUUUGAUAUUUGUGGGGUGAAUUGGAUAUUUAUUUAUUUUGUUAGAUUGUACCGUAAUACGGACCUAUUUAAUUAUAUAAUAUUUAUAAAUAAAGAUAUAUCAGUAGGUAUAAUGUAUUACUGCGGAAUAAAUAAAAAACUCUCGUGUUUUAUGUGUUGCAAAGUUUUAUCAAUAUUUUUUCUGAAUAAAAAUUCCGAUGUUUGUAUGUCAUAGCUAGUUCUAAUAUUUAUUGUCUGUGCCAUUAGAUGAAUUAUGAAUGUUUAUGGUUUAAUAGUACUUAAACUGAUAAGAAUUUGAUGUCUAAUUACUUGUAAUCACAGUUGUUAUUGUUUGUGUAUGAAGACUUUAUUUCAUAUUGUUAUAAGCAAAAUUAAAGGAAAGUAAUGGAGGAAAUUAUAAGAUUUAUUCUUAAACUAGUGCAGAAGUGUACAUACUUUUUACACUAGUUUGUUUUGUCUACUAAUUAGUAUUAUUAUUCUAGCUUUUUUAUUUAUGUACUCAUCCAAU